AUGGGCUUAACAGGAACUUGGAACCAACCUAAUGAAAUAGUGGACUCGGAUGACGAAUCUAUAAGCUCUGUGGGUUCUGGUGAGCCUUUCCAACAUGAUUCUGAUCAAGAAAUGGAUAGUGACGAUGAAGAUGCUCCUGAAGGUGACGGUAAUAAGGAGAACCAAGUGAUAUUACAAGAAGAUAAAGUGUAUUACUCCACCAUGAGUGAAACGUUUGGAAAUGAUGUGGAAACUAUAAUUCAAACAACAGAUAAUCAAACAAUUGAAGAACCAUUAAUUAAACCAAACAUUGAGAAAAAACACAAAAUUGAAGAAUCUCGUUUACCUAAAACCAAAUAUUCCAAAGAAUAUUUAAUAGAGCUACUUAAAUUACCUUCCAAAGUAAGGAACGUAUCAUUUGUGGGGAGUUUAAAAUCUGGUAAAACAAGUUUUUUAGAUACAUUAAUAUUACAAUCUCAUGAAUUGAAAAAAAUAUCCAAGAAUCAAAAAAAUUAUAAGAAACUUCGUUAUACUGAUAAUGAAACUUUAGAAAUUGAAAGAGGUUUAACUAUAAAACUAUCUCCAAUGACUUUAUUAUUACCAAAUUUGAAAAGCAGUUCCUUAGUUUUAAAUAUAAUAGAUACACCAGGUCAUGUAAACUUCUUGGAUGAAGUUUCAGUGGCACAAAGACUUACAGAUAUCUCUGUUGUUAUUGUUGAUGCUGUUGAGAGAUUAACUGUUGGAGCAAGAAAAGCUAUUGAUAAUGCUUUAAAUAAUAAUGUUCAAUUAGCUUUUGUUAUUAACAAAAUUGAUAGAUUGAUAUUAGAAUUAAAAUUACCUUUACAAGAUUCUUAUCAUAAAUUAAGAAAUGUCAUUGAUGAAAUUAAUACAUAUAUACAAGAAAAUUCAUUUGGUGAUAAUUAUAAUCAUGAUAAAAUUUUCUCUCCAGAUUUAAAUAACAUUACAUUUGCAUCUUCAGAUUUGAAUUUUUCAUUUACAUUAAAAUCAUUUGCCACUCUUUAUGUUGAAAGAUUAGGAUUACCUGUUGACCCUGUAUUAUUUGCUAAAAGAUUAUGGGGUGAUAUUUAUUAUAAUGAAGAAACAAGAAAAUUUUCUUCUAAAGGAUCUAAAAGAAGUUUUAUAAGUUUUAUCUUAGAACCUUUAUAUAAAAUAAUAACUCAAGUCCUAACAGAAGAACCAGAAUUGUUACAAAAAACUUUAUAUCAAGAUUUUAAUGUUGGAUUACCAAAACUAUUUUUGAGAUCUGAUCCUCAAACAUUAUUAAAAGAAACUUUUAAAACAAUUUUCGGUGGUGCUUUUGGGUUUGUUGAUAUGAUUGAAAAUUUGAAUUCACCAAUUGAACAUUCUAAAACUAAUACAUAUUCUGGUCCUAACGGGAAAUUAAAAGAUGAAAUAUUAUUAGCAUCAAGUGAAGGACCAUUAGUUGCACAAGUUGGUAAAAUUAUAGAAGAUACAAUUGCAUUAGUUAGAAUCAUAUCAGGUACAAUUAAUAAAAAUGAUAAAGUUAAAAUUUUAGGUCAACAAUAUAAUGAUGAUGAUGAAGAUGUUCAAGUAUUAGAAAUUGAUGAAUUAUGGUUAGGAUGUGGUAGAUAUAAAAUACCUAUUGAAUCAGCACCAGCUGGAUCCAUUGUAUUGAUUAAAGGUGUGGAAUUAAGUUCAAAAGCUUGUACAAUAGUAGGUAAUGAUAUUAAAGAAGAUGUUUAUACUUUGAAACCAAUUGAUUAUUUAAAUAAAGCGGUUUUCCAAGUUGUUGUUGCUCCACAGGUUCCAUCUGAAUUACCUAAAAUGUUGGAUGGUCUUAGAAAAAUUAAUAAAUAUUAUUGUGGUGUGGAAUUAAAAGUUGAAGAUAGUGGGGAACAUGUUAUAUUUGGCUCAGGUGAAUUAUAUUUAGAUUGUUUAUUACAUGAUUUAAGAAAAAUAACUGAAAUUAAUAUUAAAGUUUCAGAUCCAAUUACAAAAUUUUCAGAAACUGUUGUGGAAAAUAGUUUAACAAAAGUUUCAAUUAAAUCACAAAAUUCUCAAAAUGAAAUAACAAUAAUUGCAGAACCAUUAGAAGACAAAUUAGCUAUUGAUGUGGAAAAUAAUAAAUUUCAAAAUGUUAAACGUUUAAAUAAAAUAUUACGUGAAGUUUAUGAUUGGGAUUCAUUAGCUGCAAGAUCAUUAUGGACUUUUGGCCCAGAAUCAAAUGGUCCAAAUGCUCUUUUAGAUGAUACAUUAUCAGAUGAAGUUGAUAAAGAUUUAUUACAAAGUGUUAAAAAUUCAAUAAUUCAAGGUUUCCAAUGGGCAGUUCGUGAAGGUCCAUUAACUGAUAGUGCAAUUAGAAAUGUUAAAUUUAAAAUAAUUGAUAUAAAAUUAGCAAAAGAUUCAUUACAAAGAGUUAAUGGACAAAUUAUUCCUAUGGUUAGAAAAGCAUGUUAUGCAUCAAUAAUGACUGCAACUCCAAGAAUAAUGGAACCUUUAUAUGCAAUUGAAAUUAUUUCAACAUCACAAACUGUUCAAAUUAUUGAAAAUUUAUUAGAUAAAAGACGUGGAUUAGUUUUGAAAGAUUCACCAAUUGGUGCAACUCAAUUAUAUAAAAUUCAUGGAUUAGUACCAGUUAUUGAUUCUGUUGGAUUGGAAACUGAUAUUAGAGUUAUUACUCAAGGCCAAGCUUUAGUUUCAUUAUAUUUUGAUAAAUGGUCCGUUGUACCAGGUGAUCCAUUAGAUAAAGAUUUAUUUAUACCAAAAUUAAGACCUGCACAUAUAAAUGGUUUAUCAAGAGAUUUUGUUAUGAAGACAAGAAAAAGAAAAGGUCUUACUGGUGAACCAAGUUUAGGUAAAUAUAUUGAUAAAGAACUUGUUGAUCAAUUAAAAGAAUUAGGCAUUCUUAUAUAG